UGUAUAUGGACAAUUACCGCAUUCAGUUUCAAAAAUUGUGGAACAAGCAAAGGUUGCUGGUUCCAACCACCGCAGUGUGAAACGGAUCAUAUUAAUGACUGCGAUAGUUCAGUUCAGUGGACGGUACUGGAUGACGGGGUUCUUUUUGAAAUUGAGGCCACAACUUUAGACCUGGAUCCAGCAGAGGCUCAUUACAUAUCUGUGGGAAUCAGUAAAGAUACUCGAAUGGGUGAUGAUAGCGUCGUGGAAUGCAUUUUUGCAGCUGACGGUUCCGGAAGAGCUUACAUAUCAUUUAAUGAUGAGACUCACAACGAACAGUUAUAUCAGGCUUCUUCGGUAAUGAUCAAUGACACGAAUUUUGCUGUUGAGAACGGCACUGUAAGAUGCUCUGUAAAAUGGCAGUUCAGCGCCAGACAGCUAGUAAACCCUAAAGACCAGUUUAAGGUAUUUGAUCUUGAAUCUGGGCUCUGGCACUUGUUAUUUGCUCGUGGAAACGCUGAUGUUUAUAGUCUUAAGAAACGUAUACAUUCUGUCAAUGAUGGUCCUUUAUUUCCAUGGAUUUCUGAACAAAAAAUCCACUUUUGUGGCUACAACUGCAGCUCUGAUCCGUUCGUGGUGAUUAGCACUAUGAAGCAGACAGACCUAAGCAGAUAUUGGCGGUAUCGUUUUGCAGUCAUUCAUGGAAGUUUUCUGUUGCUAGCUUGGUGGGUGCUUGGUUCUUCAGCUAUUUUGUUGGCUCGGUACUUCAAACCGUUAUGGCAAGGGCAGAGGCUAUUGGGCACAGCUGUUUGGUUCCAGCUUCACCGUGAUUUAAACAUAGUCUCUGUGGUUAUACAGGCAGUUGCCGUUUUUUUGAUUAUUUAUCAAGCUGGUCGUUUAUACGAGUGCUCUUAUGCCUGUUCUUUAGAGGAUUGGAAUAAGAAGAUGCAUGUCAUUAACGGAAUCGGUGCUAUGGGUUUUGCCCUAAUACAACCAUUCUUAGCUUUUAUUCGUCCUGGUCCUAAUUCUAGAUAUCGCCCAAUUUUCAACUGGAUCCACUGGUUUUUUGGAAUGCUGGCCUGGACUCUCGCUUGUAUGUCGGGAGAUUUUUUGCUUAUUUCAGCUGUGGCGAUCUUCUUAUCUGUAUCACUUGGUAAAACUGGUUUAAUGUUCAAUUAUGGACAUAUACCGACAUGGAUUAUGGCUGGAUAUAUGAUAACAUUUUUUUUGUGUUGCAUAGUCUUGGAAAUUCUCUCAUCAGUAUCAAGUCGACGUGUGGAGAAGCUUGCGUCAUAUCGAUUUGUUGCAGGGCCGACGGGGAUGGCCCUUAGUGUUAUCAACGGUCCAAGCGUGGAGUCGCCAAUCGCUAGGCCUACAUUUGCUACCGCCCGGCUGUUCAUAUUUUUUGUUCAUCUGGUCGUUGCACUGGGUGUGUCAAUAACUAUAACGGCGAUGUUGGUUAAAAUAUUAUUAGCACAUUCCCCUUAG